AUGGAAUCACGAUCAAUUGUCUCCCAAUGCAGCUGUUUACAUAUAUGGACAAAUAUUCGUCCGAAAUAUUUUAUACACACAUUCGCACUUGAUGAGCUAUUCGCAAAAAUGUCAAAUGUGCUCUUUAACCGAUUUAUUGUCUAUUCCCAAUGCUCUCGUGAGAAACGCGGUCUUUGGGCAGAUUCCGCUUGUGUCAAAGUUGGAGAAAAUUGGUCAGUGUUACUAUCUCAAUGA